GACCGAGGAGCUGUUUGUGCUGGAUCUGAAGCUGAUUCUGGCAGCGUUCGUGGUGCCGCUGUGCGAGCACGCGCGGCUUCCGAGUGUCCAGGGGGUGUCGUAUGCGGUGCAGGUUCUGUUCACGUUCCAGCACCGGUUCCUACGGGCACUGGAGCGCGGGCGCUCGGUGCGCUCGGUGGCGAAGCUGUUCACUAGCGAGCGGCAUGGGUUCGAGGCGUACAUUGAGUACUGCACAAAGUACCACAAAAUGUGCGAUAUCCUGGAUGCAUUGGAAGGCAGAUGCCGGGUGGGCUGGGUUUCUGGCGCAGGUGCAGGGGCAGAUUGACGGGCAUUCGGGCAGGCGGCGGCUGGCAUUGCGCGACUUUUUGAUCAAGCCGGUGCAGAGAAUCUGCAAGUACCCGCUAUUCCUGCAGGAUCUGAUCAAGCAUACGGACCGGGAGGCAGAACCCGAAACGUUCCGGGCAUUGGAGCGGGCGCUGGAGAGUGUGCGCAAUGUGUGUGUGCGCAUCGACAACGAGCAGAGACGCACCGAGGCAUUGAAGCUCAGACGGGUGCUGCUGGGCAAUUACUGCGAUAAUGCAGAGCUGCCGCUGAGCCUGGUGGUCAAGCUCGGCAGCAUUGUGCUUUCGGGGCCGCUGCGCAUCACCAGCCACGAGGACCGCAUGGCGGCUGGACCGCCGCGCGGCUUUGGAUGUGUGCUGUUCCGGCGGUUCCUGAUCGUGCUGCGAGUGAAGAAGGCGGUGGUGCCCAAGUACUGGUUCCCGCUGCACACCAUGCAGCUGGUGGACGAGCCCAGCGAGCAUGUGUUCUCGUGGCGGCUGCAGCACACCAAGAGCCAGCAGUGCAUGGUGUUUUAUGCGCGGUGUCAUGAGGAAAAGGCACUGUGGGUGAGCCGGCUCACAUCGGCCAUUGGGGAGGCCCGGCGGCGACUCCGUGUGCGCCUCGGGCGCCGAUGCAGCGUGGAGGACGCUGGGAUCUCGGAGAACCUGCAGGCGUCCGCAAGCGCAGGCGGCAGCCCCACGGCGCCCAUGGCGUCGGGCAGCCUGGGCAAUGCGCGCGCGUUCUGGCAUCCAGAAUUUGCUGGUGCGCGAGGACCCUGUGGAGAAGCAGUUCGAGAGAAUGACGACGCCUGAUAUAAUCCGGCUGGUAGUCGCCGCCAGGCUCCGGCACAUGCCCGACGACCCGCCGCGUGUGUCAAAUGCACGUGCGGUCACAAUCAAGCGCAAGCCCACAGGCCGCGCGCCCAGCCGCGCGUCCAGCAGCGCCUCAGAGGACACGGCCGUGUCGGAGAGCCUGCAGGCGGAUAGCCAGGAGUACGGGGCUUCCCACAUGAUGCCCGGCGAAGGGUGGCCGCUGGCUGAGUCGCCUAGGCCGACGGUGUCAGGCCGCCUGCGCAGUAUUUUCAGCUCAUUGUCGGCUGCCAAGCGCCGCACUCACAUCGGGGAUGUGACCAAUGUCCGAUGACUUCUAUGCUGACGAUCAGACUGUGCCUGAUCGCGGCGAUGCUUCCUCACAGGACACAGCAGCCGAAGGCAUGCAGACAGCAGAGGCAAGGAUUGGCGGACAAAUAGAGAGAAGGCGCGGCGAUCCAUGCUUCUGGUCCAAUAUCGGCUUGACAGGCGCCAUUU